AUGCUCUUCAGUUAUCUCCUACUACUAGUACCAGAAGAUUGUCACCAUAUGGCGAACAACAAUUGCAUCCAUUUCACGUAUCGACUAGGCAAGAUUUGUUACCACAAGAUUAUAACAAUUUUUCCCAGUGGUUAAUUCGACAAUGCACACGAGAUUCUAACUUCCUGAGCUGUAUUUUGGUUACUGGUGAAUCUUGCUUUACAAGAAACGGGAUUCUUAAUUUUCGAAAUACCCAUACUUGGGCUGAAGAAAACCCUCAUACGACUGCUGUCGGAGAUUUCCUACUUACCUUUUCUUUAAAUGUCUGA